AUGCAGGCUCUCCAGGUGCCCCGGAGGUCGAUAAUACUCGGCAUUUCUGCCGUCACAAUAUUCGUCGUUCUCUACCGCUUUUUCGGCGACCUGCCCGUCGAGUACUAUCGCAACUACGGCCCCGCCGAAACCUUCACCCCCGUCCAGACAAACAACGACCGGCCGCAGCCGGGCUACUUCAAGGCACAGCCAGAGUGGGACUGGGACGUUCCCGCGUACUCGAAAGGAUGGCAGGGCUAUGCGCGGCCGCCGCGCAACCGCGACAUCGUGGUCCUGACGGCGAGUGAUGGCGGCGGCCACAACAGCCAGAUUCCCAACGUGCUGGAGCGCACCCUCGACGACCGCGAAAGGUACUGCCAGAGGCACGGCUACACCAACCUCUGGCUCAACACGAGCCGCUACGACAUCGGCGAAGCGCACAGGACAUGGUCCAAGAUCCCCGCCGUCGCCGAAGCCUUCUACCUCUACCCCAGCGCCGAAUGGGUCUGGCUGAUCGAUACCGACAUCAUCAUCAUGAACCCCGAGUACGACCUCGUCCGCCAGAUCCUCGCCCCCGACGCCAUCAAGAAGGGCAUCAUGCGCGACACCCCCAUCCUCGACGGCCAGCUCAAGAAGAACCCCACCAACAUCUCCACGCCGAAAGACUACCGCGUCGAAGACAUCGACAUCCUGAUCACGCAGGACCACAUCAGCGUCAAUACGGGCAGCACCUUCUUCCGCCGCACCGCCUUCACGCGCAUGCUCCUCGAGAUGAUGACGGAUUACACAUUGCUCAUGGGCCAGGACCACGCCGGCGCCGAGCAGGACGCCAUCAAGCACCUCAUGCUCGAGCACCCGCUCGUGCGCAGCCACGUCGGCGUCUACCCGCAGCGCAAGUUCAACGCAUACGUGCAAGGCAGCGAUAUCAUGGGCUACCGCGACGGCGACCUUUUGGUCCACUUUGCGGGGUGCUGGACUGGCGGCAAGUGCCAGCAGUGGUUCGAGGAGUUCUGGGGCAAGAGGGGCCACAAGGACCGCUGGCGACCCGAGAAGGAGCCGCUCCCGCCCAACGAUCCCGCCUUUAUGCGCCGCUGA